ACGGAACGAAGCAGCGUCGUAAAGCGGCACGCAGCACUGCGAGGAGGAGACGCGCACGUGAGGGCUCGCGGUUUCUUUUACGGUUUAUAUUUGUGUGUGACGGAAAAAAGAAAAUGGUCCGGAAAUUAAGAUUUCACGAGCAGAAGCUCUUAAAGAAAGUAGAUUUUAUUAACUGGGAAGUGGACAAAAAUCUCCACGAGGUGAAAGUGAUGCGGAAAUACCACAUCGAGAGGAGAGAGGACUACACCAAGUACAACAAGCUGAGCCGCAGCAUCCGGGAGCUGGCGCAGAAGAUCCAUGACCUUGACGAGAAAGACGGGUUCAGAGCUCAGAGCACGGCGCAGCUGCUGGAGAAACUAUACAGCAUGGGCCUGAUCCCCACCAAACAGAGCCUCGGCCUCGCUAAUAACGUCAACGCCUCGUCCUUCUGCAGGAGGCGGUUGCCAUGGGUGAUGCUGAAACUGCGCAUGGCCCAGAACUUGAAGAAUGCCAUCAUGUUCAUCGAGCAGGGGCAUAUCCGCGUCGGCCCUGAGAUCGUCACCGAUCCCGCCUUCCUGGUCACGAGGAACAUGGAGGACUUUGUGACCUGGGUGGACUCAUCCAAGAUCAAGCAGCACGUCAUGAAUUAUAAUGAGGAGCGCGAUGACUUUGAUCUUGUGGUGUAAAUCUUCUGGAGGGAUUUUCAGCUCUCAGGGGAGUCGAGACUGCAGGAGCUGCUCGGGGUUUAGUAUCAGAGGAACGACAUAAAGAACAAACGGACCCCAAUUGUCACGUUCCUGCCGAGAAACACGUUUUCACCCACGCGUACACGGCUAGAGAUCCAUUCAGAGCUUUGACCUGCUGCUGUGAAGUUGCGAGAUGAAAGAUAUUUGAGCUGAUAAACAGCGUCUACGGUUUAUAUCUCAGCUUUUAGGUCUGAUGUUUUUCCCAGUAGUAUUAUAUUUCAGGUGAUUGUUAAGUGAUACAUUAUACAGAAAGUCACAUGACCUCCUCUGACUGUACACAACUGUGCUAUUUUCACGUUCCUUUGAAGGAAAAGGGGUGGAGUUUUGGUGGCUGGGGGCGGAGCUUAUUAUAUGGCCAGAAGAAAAUGUAUAAAGUUUCAGAUGAAAUUCUCUCAGCACACAAAACUCUGUGAUUUUUAUUGAAUAAAAUGAUGUUCAGGUCACUAAAGUGGAAUAUGAGUUAUUGAAUCAGUGUUCACGUGUCACGUGUGUGAGGGUGUGGAAACUUUUACGUUUUUUCAGGAUGUUUUGGAGCGACUACAUGAAGUGGCACAUUGUUGGAAUGUUGGUGGCUGUGCUGGAAUAGUGUUGAAGAUGUUAGUAAAUAAAACCACUGAUGACCAAAGGA